AUGCACGGCUCCACCAUCUAUUCUCGCUCACUUCUCGUCGCGAUCAUUGUGCUGACCGCCGCUGCCGAAGAUGCGUUAGCCGGUCCAACACCUUUGACACCAUACAUCGUGGCCGGCGCGGGAGUCAUCGCUUUACUUCUCGCGAGUGGUGUGUACAUGACGUUGCGAAGGCGCAAACGUGGAGCCUUGACCAAGCUCUGCAACGCGAGCACUUCCAACAGCACGACCAAGUCCUUGAUUGAACAGCCCUACCAUGCAGUUCUAAAUUCGACCAAGGCAGUCGUCUGGCCAACACUCGACUUGCCUUCUCCCCACGUAUUUACGUCUAUGGACAUGGGGAGCAUCGUUGCGGACGAUCCCAUCUGGUUGUCGCCAACAGAGUCAUCGAACCCGCGCGUUCCGGGGUCGGCGGCGGAAACCCCCGGUAGCAGCGAUCACUGGAACAACAGCUCGACCUGCCUAUCUGUAGCGCAAGAUUGGCCUGAGGAGGGCUCAGAGGUCGAAGCGCCUCGUGCUCGAGAUGGCUGGGGUGGGUACCUCCCUGAAGACCGACGGUUGAGUAUUGAAGAUAGCUACUACAGUGCCAGAAGUGGAGCCAGCUACCUCACGCCCCACACCGACGGCACGACCUACUGCCAAAACCCGUGGAAUACAGUAGACUACCCAGACACGGACGACGAUGAUACCCACUCCAAUGUAUCGACUGAGGUUACAUAA